AUGGAAGUUGCCUCAAUCAUUGAGCAACAGAGGGAUCUGUGCGACAAGAUCGAGAAACUUGGGGUUAAUUUCAAAAAGGAAUCCCAAGCCCGACGCACUAAAGAAAACGUUGAGAAACGGCAAAAGAAGCUCGAAGAAUAUUGGAAAAUAUUUAAGGAAAAUCACGCGACACUUCAAGCAUCUCUUGCAAUCGACGAUCCGUAUUUCACUGAGAAAAUAUUUGAAGAAACCAAACGAUUGCACAACUCCAUCAGUGAAAUGCUGAGUAUCGAAAAUUUGCGUCUUCUAACUCAAGCUCAAGAAGACGAUGACGACGAAGAGGAAGAAGAAAAAGCAAAACAAAACGUGGGCAAAAACACUCUGACCAAGCAAAUUCCAGAACAGCCACAGCAACGUCAGUGGCAAAUGCCCAUUUUUUUUCCCACACAACAAAUUGUGCAAAACCCAACAAUACAAUCCAAUGCACUCAAUAAUGCAAAUAAUCAUCAAAGGGACACCUCCAAGCAAGGAACAAGCCCAAAACAACCACUGGACACCUCACAAGAAGGAACAAGCCAUUCAAACAUCGCAUCGCAAAGGUACCAAACAAAUUAUCAGCGCAAUCACGGUUCCAAUAAUCAGGAACACACUCAGUGGCAUCCUCCAAAUCCUCAGAAUCCACCGCAGGAUUUUACAGGGUUUCCUCACUUCCAGGGAUACCCAUACUUUCCAACUCCGUAUCCAUAUCAAGGAAUGGAUUACAGGGGAACAGCACCAAAAUUGCCACCAAUAUCCAUUGAGAAGUUCACCGGUGAUCUCAAGAAGUGGCAAAAUUGGAUCCAGCUAUUUGAAAGCGUCAUAGACAAAAAUCAACGCAUUUCCAACGUGGAAAAAUUACAAUAUUUAAACAAUUAUUUGGAAGGAGAGCCAAAAGAAUUAAUUUCAGAUCUCAAGCUACAAGAAGACAGCUACCAAGAAGCAUUGGAUAUUUUGAAGCAAAGAUAUGAUGACCAACGGCAAAUCAUUCUAGCCUACACAGCACUUGUGUUAGAUCAAAAGAAGGUGAAUUUUCGGUCAGCUCAAGAAAUCAUCGAUCUACACAACAAAACACUUCAAUGCUACAAAGGAUUGAAGACUAUGGGUGCACAAACUCUUGAGAUUUUACUCACAGCUCAUAUGCUCCAUAACAUGGAUAAUGAAUCUCUACGCAUUUUUGAACAAUCUUUGAUAAAUCCCAUGAGUAUGCCAUCAAUCAAUGAAGUGUUAACAUUCCUCAAAAAUCGGCACAGAAUAUUGCAAAAGUGCAAUAAUGAAAACAAACCAAAAAAGCAACAACAGAAUGGGGCACAGCCAAAAGACAAUAAGAAAAAUUUUCAUAUCAGCACUAAUAGUGCAUGUGAAAUUUGCAACGCCCCACACAAAAUUUUCAUGUGCAAAAAAUUUAAAGAUCUCACACCACAACAGAGAAAAGAUCAAGUUAAGCAGCACAAAUUAUGUUACAAUUGCUUAUCGUCUCACCAUAGAUAUGAGGAUUGUUCAAGCACAAAAACUUGCAAACAAUGCAAUGGGAAACAUAACACCCUUCUACAUUUCAAUAAGGCAAAAAAAGAGCAGGGAGAAUCACAACCAAGCACCUCAGCUCACCACUCUGAUGUUCAAGAAAACGAACCUGAGCAAGGGGAUAAUAAUAAUCACCAAAAAGAUGUUAUUUCCCUCUAUGUCAAACCGAAACAGAAAAUUCUCCCUACAGCUCUCAUAAAAAUUCGUGCCCACAAUGGACGAUGGGACAUUUUUCGAGCCUUGGUUGAUACAGGCUCAGCUGAAACAUUCAUUUCAGAAGAAGCAGUGCAAAAUCUUGCACUUCCAAGACAAAAAAUCAAUGCACCAAUUCAAGGCAUUGGCCAAGCCAGUGCAGGCAUCUCAAAAUAUUCAGUGGAAUUACAGAUCAAACCACGAUUCCCCUCAAAUAUCGCAUUACAUGAGAGAGCCUUAGUGCUGCCCAAACUCACGGGCAUGAUGCCAUCAAGAUCAAUUAGUGCAACAGCAACUAAACACAUCAACAACAAUAUGAUUCUAGCAGAUCCAACAUUUAACAUUCCUGGGCCAAUAGAUCUCAUCCUUGGAAUAAAUCUUUAUUCAAGAAUCAUAAAGGCAGAGAUUCACAAAUAUGACAAAGACGACAUCAUUGCACAGGAAACAAACAUUGGUUGGAUCAUAUUCGGAGAAGCUCCAGCGAGCACACCAUCAAGAAACAAUAUCAUCAGUCUCAUCUCAAUGCAAGAAAUUGAUGAUAACCUCCGACGUUUCUGGGAUAUGGAAACAAACAAGGAAGAAGAUAUCACGCCAAACGAAGAUUGCGAAAAACAAUUCAAACAACAUGUUCAUCGUGAUGAGUCAGGAAGAUUUACAGUUUCACUACCAUUCAGAAAAUCUCCCACAAUGCUAGGAAAUUCGAAGGACAGAGCAAUGUCCAGAUUCUUUAGCGUUGAAAGACGCAUGGAAAAAGAUGAAAUUCUGAACGAAGAAUAUCACAAAUUCAUGAAGGAAUACAUUGAGCUUGGCCAUAUGUCCGAAGCUAAUGACAACAAAGGCCAAUACUAUCUUCCACACCACGCUGUUUUUAAACCCUCCAGUACAACAACCAAAACAAGGGUUGUUUUCGAUGCCUCCUGCAAGACAUCAACAGGUGUUUCUUUAAAUGACGUGUUGCACACAGGCAGCAAAUUACAAUCAGACUUGACUCAUAUCGUCAUGAGAUGGAGAAAACACGAAUUUGUCAUAAUGGGAGAUAUCGAAAAAAUGUUUCGUCAGAUACUAGUGCGAGAAGAAGAUAGGAACUUUCAGCGAAUCCUCUGGAGAGAGGACAAGAACAUGCCUGUAAAAGAAUACACCCUCAACACAGUGACUUACGGAACAGGACCGGCAACCUAUCUCUCAGUACGAUGUCUACAAGAGCUCGCAAAUCAGGAAGAACUCAAUUUCCCCAAAGCUUCAAAAACACUACGAGAAGACUUCUACGUAGAUGAUCUGAUGACUGGUGCUAAAACUAUUAAUGAAGCUCGCCAAUUGCAAAAAGACCUGAUCAACCUUCUUGCGAAAGGAGGCUUCAACCUGAGAAAAUGGGUAUCAAACACAGAAGAACUCACGGCACAUCUCCAACCAGAUCAAAGAGCAAUUCCUGAAAACAUCCAAAUUGGUACUGACGAGCAUAUCAAAGCACUGGGAAUAGAAUGGAAUCAACGAACAGACGAAUUCACGUUCAGUCUCAAUCCACGUGACUACCAUGGAAUUACGAAAAGGCAACUCUUAUCAAGCAUUGCAUCAAUCUUCGACCCCAUCGGUUGGCUAGCACCGAUCACAGUUCGAGCAAAGAUCCUCAUGCAAGAACUCUGGAAUCAGGAGCUAAAUUGGGAUGACCCCACACCAUCAGACACACAAAAAGAAUGGUCAUCACUCAUGAUAGAGCUCCGACAGUUGGAUUCAGUGAGAAUACCCAGAUGGAUACACACUAACAACACUACACAACUGCAUGGAUUCUGUGACGCGUCACAAAAAGCAUACGCAGCAGUAGUCUACACAAGAUCAGUCGAUGAACAAGGACGCGCUCAUAUACAUCUUAUUGCAGCCAAAACAAAGGUGGCUCCACUCAAAAACAAGGUAACAUUACCAAGAUUGGAACUAAAUGCAGCAGUCUUGCUAGCAAACCUCCUGCACAAUACACUGGAAGCACUGCAAAUCAAUAAACCUGAAGUAUAUGCAUGGAGUGACUCAGAAAUCACGCUAGCAUGGAUCGCCAAACCACCAACCACCUGGGAAACCUACAUUGCGAACAGAGUAUCAAAGGUCCAAAUCUCAUACCGCAAGCAAAUUGGAAUCACGUAA